AUGAAUAACGUGCUUAUACGUCAUUGGUACGCGCUUAAUAACGCUCUCACGACUAGUAACAUUAGUUGCAACCUUGAUGGCAAAACUUUGGACUUGGCCACUGUGGUGGCAGGAGCGAGGUACGGAAAACGCAUAUCGCUCUCACAAAGCACUCGUGAGAAAGUGCAUCGAUCCGAGGAGGCAUUGAAGAAACACCUUGCGGGUGGGGAGCUAGUCUAUGGAGUAAAUACUGGCUUCGGUGGUAGUGCAGACACUACGACUCAUGCAGUCAACAAGCUGCAAGAAAAUCUACUACAGAUGCUUCAGGCUGGAAUCAAAGUAGACGGCUCAAGCCCUGUUGUCGCAAACAAGGAAUACAAGAACGUCCUCCCACUGGACGACCCAAUAUCUGCCACCAUUAUGCCAGAGUCAUGGACCAGGGCAACUAUGAUCAUCCGGUUGAACUGCCUUGCUUUAGGGGCAUCGGGCAUCAGACAGUCGGUCCUGGAUGUGUUGCUCCAGAUGAUAGAGCACCAAAUCACCCCUAGGGUUCCUUUGAGAGGUAGUAUAUCCGCCUCCGGUGACCUCAACCCGUUAUCGUACAUCGGUGGGGCAAUGCAGGGACAUCCGUCUAUCUACGUCUGGAAGCGCGACCGAGUCUCGAACUGCCAAGUGAAAGGGGCCGAUCUCGCUCUCGCAGAGAGCUCAAUACCACCAGUGCGGCUGAAUGCGAAAGAGGGCCUGGCAAUCGUCAAUGGAACGGCGACCUCUGCGGCCGUAGGUGGUCUGGCUCUGCACGAAACCCUCGGCCUUGCUGCUGUAAGUCAGGUUCUUGCAGCAAUGAGUGUCGAGGCUUUACACGGUAUGAGCGAAAGCUUUGAUCCUUUUUUCGCAAGAGUCCGGCCUCACCCCGGACAAACCACGGCAGCAAACAAUCUGUGCAGGUUUCUUUCUCAGUCAAAGUUACUCAACGAUGGAGAUGCGCUUGGGCCCGGGAAUCUGCGACAAGAUCGAUAUUCCAUUCGCACGUCCGCUCAAUGGAUGGGACCAAUUCUUGAAGACUUGGAGUUAGCAUAUCAGCAGAUUUCCGCAGAGUUAAACUCUGUAACGGACAAUCCUCUCAUCGACACUGUUGGUGACAGUGCUCGUAUUCUACACGGUGGUAACUUCCAAGCGAAGUCGGUUACCAGCGCAGUAGAAAAGGCUCGACAGGCCGUUCAGUCCAUGGGUCGUAUGCUUUUUGCGCAGUGUACCGAGUUGAUUGAUCCAUCCAAAAACAAUGGCUUACCUCCUAAUCUGUCUGCUGAUGAGCCGAGCAUCUCAUUCACCUUCAAAGGGGUUGAUAUUCUGAUUGCUGCGUUGCAGUCGGAGCUAGGAUUCCUCGCGAAUCCUGUUGGAAGCCAUGUCCAGACCGCCGAGAUGGGAAACCAAGCCUUGAACUCACUCGCAUUGAUAUCAAGUCGAUACACUUUGGAGGCCGUUACCGUUCUGUCGCAGAUGGCAGCUGCUCAUCUCGUCUCUGUCUGCCAGGCUCUUGACCUUCGUGUCAUAAACAUCCAAUUCAUGCAGGCUUUGGAACAGGAUUUUGUGAAGAUAUUCAACGAGAGCUUCAAAGUUUAUGCUGCUUGGAGCAAAGUCUCUCCAACCGUCUCCAAGGAUGCCUGGUUCGCCUUUAUCAAGCAAGUAGGACAGCUCCAGUCCGUCGAUUCGUGCGAUCGAUUUCAUCGAGCCGCCCGAGCAAUUUUGCCCACGUUUCUCACGAAGCUGCCUCCUACCGAUGUCUCUCCGAGUAUCAUUCAGUCUUGGAUAGAUUGCAUAGGCUCGCAGGCGGUUGAGAUAUACCGUCAAACGCUCAAGAUUUACUGUAAGAGUCCGGAUGCGACCCCUUACCUUGGGGAAGCGUCACGGAAGAUGUACACCUGUGUCCGACAAAAUUUGAAACUCCCCUUCAUUACCGAAGGGACACUCUGGCGCCCGGAAGAUCCCAACAGGAAGCAAUCUGGUGAAGCUGCGGCACCACCCCUCCCUACUAUGGGCGACGUGGUUGGUAUUGCCUACGACGCCAUUCGUCGUGGAUCCUUAUACACGGUAGCGGUUGAAUGCAUCAGAAAUGCAGAGCAGGAUACUGUGAAGUGCCGUCACUGCCUGGAGAAAAAUGUAUUUCGUGCACGCAUGAGCAGAAUUUGA